AAAUAAUUUGAAGGCUGUCAAAAGGAAACGUUAUGUCCUCCGCCAUAUUGCCUUAUUUAUAUACGUGACAAGUAUUAUCGUUUUGGUUCAUUAUUUAGUCUAAUUCUUUCUAAUUUUGUUGCUUUCUUUUAAAAAGUUAACAUCCAACAAUGGAAGAACAAAGUGGAACAUCUGCGCCGAGGGUAAGCGAUAAACGCUUGGCACAAACUCAGGCUAAAGUAGAUGAAGUUGUUGGAAUAAUGCGUGUCAAUGUUGAGAAAGUAUUGGAAAGAGAUCAGAAAUUAUCCGAACUAGACAAUCGCGCAGAUGCAUUACAACAUGGAGCUGCGCAGUUUGAACAGCAGGCCGGUAAGCUGAAAAGGAAGUACUGGUGGCAAAACAUGAAGAUGAUGCUAAUUAUUGGUGCUAUCGGUGCGGUUCUACUUAUUAUCAUUAUUGUGUGGGCUACAUCCGGAUCCAGCUCAACCCCCGCGCCACCUCCUCCACCGGUUACUGAAGCUCCUCCAGCGGCUGGUCGAUAAAUGCACAAAUGUUACAUUCAUUCUGCAUUACAACAAUGGUAAAUAUGUGAAACUUACACUUAAAGACUAUUAAGUUUAGUAACAUUCAAAUUAUUUUGGAGUUACAAGUAAAUGUUGUCUUUGACCCUUUGUAAAAAAAACCUUUGUACAAUAUUGUUAUGGGUAUCAUCAGCUUACAUAUAUCCGCAUCCAGCAGCUUGGAGCCUACCCCAAAUUAAAGGUGACUAGACCUUAGUCAACCAUGCUGGCCUAUAAAUUCAGUGCAGGUCAAAUCACAAUAAUUUAAAUGUUGUGAAGGGUAACACUGAGUAAUCUUUGUAUGUUCUAAGUGAAGCAACAAGUGAGACUUCUGGUGGAGUCUAUCUUCUAAUAUUAUAUGCUAGAAGCUCACCAUAUAGUCUUUAGUUUUGCAAUCUUUAAAGUCUGCUAAUAUUUCUAUACACAUCUAAGAUAUGAAAGUUGUAACAUUUAUUUUAAAAGGAAUUUACCCUUGUUAUAUGCAGAAUGAGUAAAUAGACUUACCGAAGUUGAUUUAUUAUCUACAAUCACA